AUGUCCAACAUAACCAUAGACCCAUCCAUCCUCUCAUCAGCAACCAACAAAACAGUCCUAAUAAGCGGCGCAGCCCGCGGCAUAGGCGCCGCAACAGCGAAGCAAUUCAACGCCCACGGCGCCAAUGUCGUUCUAGCAGACCUACCGCAAUUCCGCUCGAUAGCGGAACAAUUCAUUCAACAUGACCUCGCUGAUCCCAGUCGGGCGAACUUUGUGGAAGGCAAUAUCGUUGACUGGGAUGAGCUGAGAAAUUGUUUCAAGAAGACCGUGGAAAUAUUUGGUGGGAUUGAUAUCGUUGUUGCUAACGCGGGGAUUAUGGAGUCGAGAUCGGUCUUCGAUUUCGAGGUUGAUGAGGAUGGAGAGUUGAAGGAGGAUGUUGAAGCGAAGAGAGUUUUUGAUGUUAAUUUGAGGGGGACUUUGAAUACACUCCGACUCGCACUCUACUAUCUAUCUCAAUCUCCCUCGCCGCCAUCAUCCAAAUCGAUCGUCCUGGUAGGAUCAUCAUCGAGUUAUUUUGGCGGAACCGGGGUCGCUGCGUACGUUGCUUCGAAGCACGGUGUUUUAGGACUCCUUCGUGCGGCGCAGGGUAAGGGUCGUGAACUGGGAAUUCGAAUUAAUGGGAUUGCACCGUUUCUUACGCCAACGCAUAUCACGGCGGGUUUUACGGAGAGAUGGCGUGAACGUGGACUCGAGGAGAAUACGCCUGAGCGGGUGGCUGAGGCUAUUGCUUUUGUUGCGUUGGAUGAGGGGAGGAAUGGGGAUUGUUUAUUGGUUGCUGGCAAGUUUCUUCGAGAGCUGGAAUCGUCGCGUGCAAAGCUUAUUCCUACCUGGCUUGGUGAGGAUGUGGCGCAGUUCUUAUCUACUGCAAUGCAGUUCUUUGUUAGUAUUGGUGGGUAUGUACUGCCGAAGAAGUACUGA